AUGAAUUCAGAAAACAUUUUGUGUUUAAAAAAUUUAUCAAUUGAGAAUUUCAUUGAUGAGACAACAGCUGCUCAAAUUCUUGGACAUGGACAACACAUGAACAGAAUGAGAUUCGGUGAUAAAGAUGAAGUAACAGUUAUACGAGAUACAACGGCAUAUUUGAAAAAUCUGAUUGAUGUCUUAGAUAUCUAUGUUGAACCUUAUAUUCAAUCUGGUUUUCGUUUACCAAAUCAACCAUAUUCCUAUUACUAUCGUAGUCUAUUCUCAUUGCAUAAUGAAACUCUUUCUGUUUGGAUUCAUCUUGUGGGAGCAUUCAUUAUUACUGUACAAACAUUUAAUCAUAUUUUAUCAACAUCUUCACCAUUCGUUAUCAGUUAUGCUAUUUACAAUGGUAUUGGAGCAUGUAUGAUGUUAUUGUGUUCUGCUCAAGCACAUUUGUUUCAUUCACGAAAUUUAAACGAUCAUCUACGAUUAUUUUAUUUCGAUUAUCUUGGUAAGUUAAAUCAAUUUGAGAAAAGUAAAUUAUACUAUAAGACAUAG